UGAGUGUGAAGAAAAUAUGCGCAUCUGAAUCACAGGCAGACAAGCUUCAUGCUAUUGGUUCCCCGGCGAUUUACCUGGAAAUGGGAGUGCCCAUCAUCAUCAUCGUCGAGAUGAAUUGUUCCUUCCUCUGAUCCCUUGUAGAGUCCGUUGAAGAAUUCGAUUGGGAAUAACUGAAUCAACGUUCCCAGGACUCCAAGCAUGGAGCCUAUAACGUCGUGGAGCAAGGAGAGAGUAAGCGACUGGCUCAAAGGUCUGGACGUCCCUCUCCAGCAGUACCCCUUCACAGAGUGGCAGGUGACUGGUUUGGAACUGCUGCAGCUCUCCUCCCAGGACCUGGAGCGUCUGGGCGUCCAUAAGAUUGGCCACCAGGAGCUCAUCCUCGAGGCCGUGGAGAAGCUCUGCUCCCUGACGUACGGUAUGGGUGGAGAGAGCCUGCGCUGCCUGACAGAGAAGCUGCGCAUUGUGGUCCACUCCCUGACCAUGGGCAUCCAGGUCCGCAGGAGGGUGAACCCCUACGACGGGCAGACUGCCACCAGGCUGCCGGCCAGCGUGCUGCAGGUGGUGCUGGAGCUCAUCACCUCCGCCAAGGGCCUCUUCUCUCUGCUCAACAGGUACCAGUUUGCCCAGCUGAGUGCUUACACGACCAGUAGGAACAUCAUCACCCACUGUAAAGAGCUGGGGACCACAGUACACAAGGAUUCAACAGUUUACGAGAAAGAAAAGGACAUCAUCUCCAUCUGUCGUGAGUUGGAGGCAGUGUGCGACGAGAUCCUGAACUGCAGUCCAGAGGCGCUCCUUUCCCACACUGCCCAGUUGGAGAGUGUUGACCUGGUGCCUGUCUCCCCCGGCGACCACCUGGGCAUUGAGAUCACGUCCACUGGCUCCAGUAAUCACUACAUCACAGGCACCACCGCAGAGUCACCCGCUGAGUUCUGUGAGAAGAUACUGGCUGGAGACGAAGUGAUCCAAGUCAAUGACCAGAUUGUGGUUGGCUGGAGCAGGAAGAACCUCGUGAAGAAACUGAAGGAGAACCCCAGUGGGGUGACGCUGGUCCUCAAGAAGGUCCCUGUGUCACUGAGAAGCAAAGAGACAGCCCAACAGCCCCCCUCGCCACAGAAAGAGGAAGAGGAGGAGGAGGAGGAAGACGAAGAGGGAAACCAGAAACACUCCAUAUUUGAGAGAGUAGCAGCCUCAGUCAGGUCUCUGUCAUUCAGGGCUGCAGUUCAAGGGCCAGUGGAUAUCCAGCCUAUGGGCCAGGAGAAGUCGGAUCUGUCCAGCGACAGGGGAUUGGACGGCAGCCUGACAUACACCUUAUGUCCCAGGGGGUCCCAGGGGGACCUCUCAUACCUGUCAUCAGGAGAAGCCGAGGGUUUGGAGGGGUCCAGGCUCAGCCCCGGGCCGAACGGAAAGGGCUCUGCGCCCUCCAGAAGUCCGUCCCCCCGGGUAAUAGAACUAGGCAGAGAGAGUAUCAGUUCCAUCAGUUCCUGUCCUGAGAUGGGCGGACACACGGAGGAUAAAGAACAAAAAAAGGGGUCUACAAAAGGCACGCGUAAAGUGAUGAGCAGGCGGCGUGUGUCGUGUCGCGAGCUGAGUCGGCCCGAGUGUGACGGCUGGCUGUGGAAGAAGAGGAAGGAGAGCAGUGUGUUCAUGACCCAGAAAUGGCAGCGCUUCUGGUUCGUCCUCAAGGGCCCCUCUCUCUAUUGGUACACCAGUCAGCAGGAGGAGAAAGCGGAGGGCCUGGUUAAGAUCUCCAGCUACAACAUCGAGGGUGCAGGAGAACACAAGAGGAAGUAUGUCUUCCAAAUGUGCCACCAGCGCUUCCAGACUUUCUUCUUCGCCGCCGAGAACGUCAAUGACAUGACCAAGUGGAUCAACUGUCUGAUUUCAGCCAUCCAAAAACACAAGAAGUUCCACAAAGGGCCACCGGACAGCGAAGAGGAUUGUUACAGUGAGACCGAGUCAGAAGAUGAGGGGUCUUCUCCUUCUCCACACAGAAACAAGAUCUACACGGCCAUCAUCGUACCGAAAACCCUGUCCAACACACUGCCUCGGGCCAGGAAGGGCAAGGACAAGGACAAGGGAAAGGACAAAGAGAAGAAGGACAAGAUGCACGUUCCUGGUCCACCCACAGGGCGCAGCAGAAGCCCAGGAGCUCCGGAGGAUGAGAUGGGCGUGCUGUUCCACCGGCUGAAUGAGGGUGGCGUGUCCCUGAUUGGCAGCGACAAGCUCACAACUCACGACCACUUCCGCAAGUCCUUCAUCCGGCGCAACAAGAACCCGGUCAUCAACGAGAAGGCCCACGCGCUCCGCGUGCUGCAGAGCACCCUCAAGGAUAAAGAGGCGGAGCUCCAACUCAUUAACAAGGUUCUGGAGGACUCUGAUCUGACGUCGCAAAAGUACCGUCAGUGGAAAGAACAUAACGAAGACCUUCACCUGGUGAUCGAGAAACUGGCUGUUCAACGGGCUGAAGCUGUAGCCACGGCAAGGGUGGGGCAUAAAGAGGACCAGGACACACCCCCCGAACCGUCGCCCGGGAAGCAGGUCACUGUGGAGACGGGGGGGUAUGUGUGUGGACUGAGCCUUAGUGACGGGGAGAUGCUGGUGGAUGCGGAGCCGUUGUUGUCAGGCCCGGUGAAGAAUGUGGGUGACUUGGAUGUAGAGCCACAGUCCGAACACUCAUCGACUGCUGAGAGCAGCACAGACCAGCAGAGCAGCAACACAGCCGACGUAGCUAGUCAAGCUAGCCCAGAUAAUUACUUCUACAUAUGAGACACCAAUGGACUGAUCUGAUGAUGGUUUUUCUAGUUUCCAUCAAUGAUUAUUACAAGGGCCUGGUGUUUUUCCCAACCAUAUGACCUAAGCAGGAAAAACUCAUGGCUCUAGUUACAGCUGUGAUUACGUUCCAGGAGAUUUUUCUGGUCAGUAGAAAGUGUGGCCCCUCAGGAUUUUUGCUUGGUUUUUGUUGAUAGGAAAGACGGGCUUUGUCUAUCCAAACCUGAAUUCGGUAUUCAUAUCACAAAAAAACUAACAAUUUUGCCAAGUAUCACUCUAUUGAUAUAUAUAUAUAUAUAU